AUGACUAUGUCAGAAGUCGUGGGUGAAUCAGAAGGAUCAGGGUCUGGGGAUUUUGUGGGUUCCAAUGACGACGUCGGUAUCACAUCAGUUGUAGAAGUUAUAGUCGUUUCCGUUGAGGACGUCGGUAUAAUAUCAGUUGUAGAAGUUAUAAUCGUUUCCGUUGAGGACGUCGGUAUCACAUCAGUUGUAGAAGUUAUAAUCGUUUCCGUUGAGGACGUCGGUAUAAUAUCAGUUGUAGAAGUUAUAAUCGUUUCCGUUGAGGACGUCGGUAUCACAUCAGUUGUAGAAGUUAUAAUCGUUUCCGUUGAGGACGUCGGUAUCAUAUCAGUUGUAGAAGUUAUAAUCGUUUCCGUUGAGGACGUCGGUAUAAUAUCAGUUGUAGAAGUUAUAGUCGUUUCCGUUGAGGACGUCGGUAUAAUAUCAGUUGUAGAAGUUAUAAUCGUUUCCGUUGAGGACGUCGGUAUCACAUCAGUUGUAGAAGUUAUAAUCGUUUCCGUUGAGGACGUCGGUAUAAUAUCAGUUGGAGAAGUUAUAAUCGUUUCCGUUGAGGACGUCGGUAUCACAUCAGUUGUAGAAGUUAUAAUCGUUUCCGUUGAGGACGUCGGUAUAAUAUCAGUUGUAGAAGUUGUAAUCGUUUCCGUUGAGGACGUCGGUAUAAUAUCAGUUGUAGAAGUUAUAGUCGUGUCCGUUGAGGACGUCGGUAUAAUAUCAGUUGUAGAAGUUAAAAUCGUUUCCGUUGAGGACGUCGGUAUCACAUCAGUUGUAGAAGUUAUAAUCGUUUCCGUUGAGGACGUCGGUAUCACAUCAGUUGUAGAAGUUAUAAUCGUUUCCGUUGAGGACGUCGGUAUAAUAUCAGUAGUAGAAGUUAUAAUCGUUUCCGUUGAGGACGUCGGUAUAAUAUCAGUUGUAGAAGUUGUAAUCGUUUCCGUUGAGGACGUCGGUAUAAUAUCAGUUGUAGAAGUUAUAGUCGUGUCCGUUGAGGACGUCGGUAUAAUAUCAGUUGUAGAAGUUAUAAUCGUUUCCGUUGAGGACGUCGGUAUCACAUCAGUUGUAGAAGUUAUAAUCGUUUCCGUUGAGGACGUCGGUAUCACAUCAGUUGUAGAAGUUAUAAUCGUUUCCGUUGAGGACGUCGGUAUCACAUCAGUUGUAGAAGUUAUAAUCGUUUCCGUUGAGGACGUCGGUAUCACAUCAGUUGUAGAAGUUAUAAUCGUUUCCGUUGAGGACGUCGGUAUAAUAUCAGUUGGAGAAGUUAUAAUCGUUUCCGUUGAGGACGUCGGUAUCACAUCAGUUGUAGAAGUUAUAAUCGUUUCCGUUGAGGACGUCGGUAUAAUAUCAGUUGUAGAAGUUGUAAUCGUUUCCGUUGAGGACGUCGGUAUAAUAUCAGUUGUAGAAGUUAUAGUCGUGUCCGUUGAGGACGUCGGUAUAAUAUCAGUUGUAGAAGUUAUAAUCGUUUCCGUUGAGGACGUCGGUAUCACAUCAGUUGUAGAAGUUAUAAUCGUUUCCGUUGAGGACGUCGGUAUCACAUCAGUAGUAGAAGUUAUAAUCGUUUCCGUUGAGGACGUCGGUAUCACAUCAGUUGUAGAAGUUAUAAUCGUUUCCGUUGAGGACGUCGGUAUAAUAUCAGUUGUAGAAGUUGUAAUCGUUUCCGUUGAGGACGUCGGUAUAAUAUCAGUUGUAGAAGUUAUAGUCGUGUCCGUUGAGGACGUCGGUAUAAUAUCAGUUGUAGAAGUUAUAAUCGUUUCCGUUGAGGACGUCGGUAUAAUAUCAGUUGUAGAAGUUAUAAUCGUUUCCGUUGAGGACGUCGGUAUCACAUCAGUAGUAGAAGUUAUAAUCGUUUCCGUUGAGGACGUCGGUAUCACAUCAGUUGUAGAAGUUAUAAUCGUUUCCGUUGAGGACGUCGGUAAAAUAUCAGUAGUAGAAGUUAUAAUCGUUUCCGUUGAGGACGUCGGUAUCACAUCAGUUGUAGAAGUUAUAAUCGUUUCCGUUGAGGACGUCGGUAUAAUAUCAGUAGUAGAAGUUAUAAUCGUUUCCGUUGAGGACGUCGGUAUCACAUCAGUUGUAGAAGUUUUAAUCGUUUCCGUUGAGGACGUCGGUAUCACAUCAGCUGUAGAAGUUAUAGUCGUUUCCGUUGAGGACGUCGGUAUAAUAUCAGUUGUAGAAGUUAUAAUCGUUUCCGUUGAGGACGUCGGUAUAAUAUCAGUUGUAGAAGUUAUAAUCGUUUCCGUUGAGGACGUCGGUAUAAUAUCAGUUGUAGAAGUUAUAAUCGUUUCCGUUGAGGACGUCGGUAUAAUAUCAGUUGUAGAAGUUAUAGUCGUUUCAGUUGAGGACGUCGGUAUCACAUCAGUUGUAGAAGUUAUAGUCGUUUCCGUUGAGGACGUCGGUAUAAUAUCAGUUGUAGAAGUUAUAAUCGUUUCCGUUGAGGACGUCGGUAUCAUAUCAGUUGUAGAAGUUAUAAUCGUUUCCGUUGAGGACGUCGGUAUAAUAUCAGUUGUAGAAGUUAUAGUCGUUUCCGUUGAGGACGUCGGUAUAAUAUCAGUUGUAGAAGUUAUAAUCGUUUCCGUUGAGGACGUCGGUAUCACAUCAGUUGUAGAAGUUAUAAUCGUUUCCGUUGAGGACGUCGGUAUAAUAUCAGUUGUAGAAGUUGUAAUCGUUUCCGUUGAGGACGUCGGUAUAAUAUCAGUUGUAGAAGUUAUAGUCGUUUCCGUUGAGGACGUCGGUAUAAUAUCAGUUGUAGAAGUUAUAAUCGUUUCCGUUGAGGACGUCGGUAUCACAUCAGUUGUAGAAGUUAUAAUCGUUUCCGUUGAGGACGUCGGUAUCACAUCAGUUGUAGAAGUUAUAAUCGUUUCCGUUGAGGACGUCGGUAUAAUAUCAGUAGUAGAAGUUAUAAUCGUUUCCGUUGAGGACGUCGGUAUAAUAUCAGUUGUAGAAGUUGUAAUCGUUUCCGUUGAGGACGUCGGUAUAAUAUCAGUUGUAGAAGUUAUAGUCGUUUCCGUUGAGGACGUCGGUAUAAUAUCAGUUGUAGAAGUUAUAAUCGUUUCCGUUGAGGACGUCGGUAUCACAUCAGUUGUAGAAGUUAUAAUCGUUUCCGUUGAGGACGUCGGUAUAAUAUCAGUUGGAGAAGUUAUAAUCGUUUCCGUUGAGGACGUCGGUAUCACAUCAGUUGUAGAAGUUAUAAUCGUUUCCGUUGAGGACGUCGGUAUAAUAUCAGUUGUAGAAGUUGUAAUCGUUUCCGUUGAGGACGUCGGUAUAAUAUCAGUUGUAGAAGUUAUAGUCGUGUCCGUUGAGGACGUCGGUAUAAUAUCAGUUGUAGAAGUUAUAAUCGUUUCCGUUGAGGACGUCGGUAUCACAUCAGUUGUAGAAGUUAUAAUCGUUUCCGUUGAGGACGUCGGUAUCACAUCAGUAGUAGAAGUUAUAAUCGUUUCCGUUGAGGACGUCGGUAUCACAUCAGUUGUAGAAGUUAUAAUCGUUUCCGUUGAGGACGUCGGUAUAAUAUCAGUUGUAGAAGUUAUAAUCGUUUCCGUUGAGGACGUCGGUAUAAUAUCAGUUGUAGAAGUUAUAAUCGUUUCCGUUGAGGACGUCGGUAUCACAUCAGUAGUAGAAGUUAUAAUCGUUUCCGUUGAGGACGUCGGUAUCACAUCAGUUGUAGAAGUUAUAAUCGUUUCCGUUGAGGACGUCGGUAAAAUAUCAGUAGUAGAAGUUAUAAUCGUUUCCGUUGAGGACGUCGGUAUCACAUCAGUUGUAGAAGUUAUAAUCGUUUCCGUUGAGGACGUCGGUAUAAUAUCAGUAGUAGAAGUUAUAAUCGUUUCCGUUGAGGACGUCGGUAUCACAUCAGUUGUAGAAGUUUUAAUCGUUUCCGUUGAGGACGUCGGUAUCACAUCAGCUGUAGAAGUUAUAGUCGUUUCCGUUGAGGACGUCGGUAUAAUAUCAGUUGUAGAAGUUAUAAUCGUUUCCGUUGAGGACGUCGGUAUAAUAUCAGUUGUAGAAGUUAUAAUCGUUUCCGUUGAGGACGUCGGUAUAAUAUCAGUUGUAGAAGUUAUAAUCGUUUCCGUUGAGGACGUCGGUAUAAUAUCAGUUGUAGAAGUUAUAGUCGUUUCAGUUGAGGAUGUCGGUAUCACAUCAGUUGUAGAAGUUAUAGUCGUUUCCGUUGAGGACGUCGGUAUAAUAUCAGUUGUAGAAGUUAUAAUCGUUUCCGUUGAGGACGUCGGUAUCAUAUCAGUUGUAGAAGUUAUAAUCGUUUCCGUUGAGGACGUCGGUAUAAUAUCAGUUGUAGAAGUUAUAGUCGUUUCCGUUGAGGACGUCGGUAUAAUAUCAGUUGUAGAAGUUAUAAUCGUUUCCGUUGAGGACGUCGGUAUCACAUCAGUUGUAGAAGUUAUAAUCGUUUCCGUUGAGGACGUCGGUAUAAUAUCAGUUGUAGAAGUUAUAGUCGUUUCCGUUGAGGACGUCGGUAUAAUAUCAGUUGUAGAAGUUAUAAUCGUUUCCGUUGAGGACGUCGGUAUAAUAUCAGUUGUAGAAGUUAUAAUCGUUUCCGUUGAGGACGUCGGUAUCACAUCAGUUGUAGAAGUUAUAAUCGUUUCCGUUGAGGACGUCGGUAUAAUAUCAGUAGUAGAAGUUAUAAUCGUUUCCGUUGAGGACGUCGGUAUAAUAUCAGUUGUAGAAGUUGUAAUCGUUUCCGUUGAGGACGUCGGUAUAAUAUCAGUUGUAGAAGUUAUAGUCGUUUCCGUUGAGGACGUCGGUAUAAUAUCAGUUGUAGAAGUUAUAAUCGUUUCCGUUGAGGACGUCGGUAUCACAUCAGUUGUAGAAGUUAUAAUCGUUUCCGUUGAGGACGUCGGUAUAAUAUCAGUUGGAGAAGUUAUAAUCGUUUCCGUUGAGGACGUCGGUAUCACAUCAGUUGUAGAAGUUAUAAUCGUUUCCGUUGAGGACGUCGGUAUAAUAUCAGUUGUAGAAGUUGUAAUCGUUUCCGUUGAGGACGUCGGUAUAAUAUCAGUUGUAGAAGUUAUAGUCGUGUCCGUUGAGGACGUCGGUAUAAUAUCAGUUGUAGAAGUUAUAAUCGUUUCCGUUGAGGACGUCGGUAUCACAUCAGUUGUAGAAGUUAUAAUCGUUUCCGUUGAGGACGUCGGUAUCACAUCAGUAGUAGAAGUUAUAAUCGUUUCCGUUGAGGACGUCGGUAUCACAUCAGUUGUAGAAGUUAUAAUCGUUUCCGUUGAGGACGUCGGUAUAAUAUCAGUUGUAGAAGUUAUAAUCGUUUCCGUUGAGGACGUCGGUAUAAUAUCAGUUGUAGAAGUUAUAAUCGUUUCCGUUGAGGACGUCGGUAUCACAUCAGUAGUAGAAGUUAUAAUCGUUUCCGUUGAGGACGUCGGUAUCACAUCAGUUGUAGAAGUUAUAAUCGUUUCCGUUGAGGACGUCGGUAAAAUAUCAGUAGUAGAAGUUAUAAUCGUUUCCGUUGAGGACGUCGGUAUCACAUCAGUUGUAGAAGUUAUAAUCGUUUCCGUUGAGGACGUCGGUAUAAUAUCAGUAGUAGAAGUUAUAAUCGUUUCCGUUGAGGACGUCGGUAUCACAUCAGUUGUAGAAGUUUUAAUCGUUUCCGUUGAGGACGUCGGUAUCACAUCAGCUGUAGAAGUUAUAGUCGUUUCUGUUGAGGACGUCGGUAUAAUAUCAGUUGUAGAAGUUAUAAUCGUUUCCGUUGAGGACGUCGGUAUAAUAUCAGUUGUAGAAGUUAUAAUCGUUUCCGUUGAGGACGUCGGUAUAAUAUCAGUUGUAGAAGUUAUAAUCGUUUCCGUUGAGGACGUCGGUAUAAUAUCAGUUGUAGAAGUUAUAGUCGUUUCAGUUGAGGACGUCGGUAUCACAUCAGUUGUAGAAGUUAUAGUCGUUUCCGUUGAGGACGUCGGUAUAAUAUCAGUUGUAGAAGUUAUAAUCGUUUCCGUUGAGGACGUCGGUAUCAUAUCAGUUGUAGAAGUUAUAAUCGUUUCCGUUGAGGACGUCGGUAUAAUAUCAGUUGUAGAAGUUAUAGUCGUUUCCGUUGAGGACGUCGGUAUAAUAUCAGUUGUAGAAGUUAUAAUCGUUUCCGUUGAGGACGUCGGUAUCACAUCAGUUGUAGAAGUUAUAAUCGUUUCCGUUGAGGACGUCGGUAUAAUAUCAGUUGUAGAAGUUGUAAUCGUUUCCGUUGAGGACGUCGGUAUAAUAUCAGUUGUAGAAGUUAUAGUCGUUUCCGUUGAGGACGUCGGUAUAAUAUCAGUUGUAGAAGUUAUAAUCGUUUCCGUUGAGGACGUCGGUAUCACAUCAGUUGUAGAAGUUAUAAUCGUUUCCGUUGAGGACGUCGGUAUCACAUCAGUUGUAGAAGUUAUAAUCGUUUCCGUUGAGGACGUCGGUAUAAUAUCAGUAGUAGAAGUUAUAAUCUUUUCCGUUGAGGACGUCGGUAUAAUAUCAGUUGUAGAAGUUGUAAUCGUUUCCGUUGAGGACGUCGGUAUAAUAUCAGUUGUAGAAGUUAUAGUCGUUUCCGUUGAGGACGUCGGUAUAAUAUCAGUUGUAGAAGUUAUAAUCGUUUCCGUUGAGGACGUCGGUAUCACAUCAGUUGUAGAAGUUAUAAUCGUUUCCGUUGAGGACGUCGGUAUAAUAUCAGUUGUAGAAGUUAUAGUCGUUUCCGUUGAGGACGUCGGUAUAAUAUCAGUUGUAGAAGUUAUAAUCGUUUCCGUUGAGGACGUCGGUAUAAUAUCAGUUGUAGAAGUUAUAAUCGUUUCCGUUGAGGACGUCGGUAUCACAUCAGUUGUAGAAGUUAUAAUCGUUUCCGUUGAGGACGUCGGUAUUAUAUCAGUUGUAGAAGUUAUAAUCGUUUCCGUUGAGGACGUCGGUAUAAUAUCAGUUGUAGAAGUUAUAGUCGUUUCCGUUGAGGACGUCGGUAUCACAUCAGUUGUAGAAGUUAUAAUCGUUUCCGUUGAGGACGUCGGUAUCACAUCAGUUGUAGAAGUUAUAAUCGUUUCCGUUGAGGACGUCGGUAUAAUAUCAGUUGUAGAAGUUAUAGUCGUUUCCGUUGAGGACGUCGGUAUAAUAUCAGUUGUAGAAGUUAUAGUCGUUUCCGUUGAGGACGUCGGUAUCACAUCAGUUGUAGCAGUUAUUGUCGUUUCCGUUGACGACGUUGGUAUAAUAUCAGUUGUAGAGGUUAUUAUCGGCUCGGCUGAUGUAGCUGGUAAUAUCGAAGUAUUAACCUUCUGUGCCUGA